GCAGUUCUAAUGGCCAACUUGGCUCGCAUUGUGUAUAUGUACACGGCGGUUUAUGAUUGAAGGCUCUCAUUCCAAAAUACAGAGAAUUGUCGCUUCGUCCACGUCUCUAGUGGCCGCCCAGAAACAAAAGUUUAAAAAUAACGGCCAAGGCCCCGUGGCCAUGCCUGCAACAACCAGAGCUUUUACUUGGGAGAUUCUUCCACUCAAACUCCAUCGCCAUCGCGAUCCUCGUUCUUAACUAUUAUUCUCUUGUCUUCCAAUAAUGGCUUGCAAUUAAUGAUUGAUAUUAUCCAUAAAGUUCUACAGCUGCACAGACACUUAAAAUGUCAGACUGUGGAGCUCGCACGCGCCUAAACUACAAAGGAGAAAUCAAUGCCAUUUGUCGCUUCUCCUUGGACUGUCUGCACAUCUAGUCGGUGCGGUCUUUGUGUCUCUGGGCUAUAUGUAAUUCGGAAUUGCAAUAAAUUUCAUGCUUUGUUAGAAGCCAUAAUUGGCCAAACAUUUGUUGUGCUUGCGGAUGGGAAACCUAGUGCUGUUUCUUUCCGCCUUUCUAUGGAUUUUGGGUGUUGAGGGGUACAGAGAAUAUAAUACAAGGAGUGGAAUUGUUGAUGGGAAAUUGAAUGUGCACUUGGUUGCUCACACGCAUGAUGAUGUGGGAUGGCUUAAGACCAUUGAUCAGUACUAUGUUGGAUCGAAUAAUAGCAUUCAGGGUGCCUGCGUGGAAAACAUUUUGGAUUCUGUGGUGGAUGCGCUGCGCCGUGACCCGAAUAGGAAGUUUAUAUAUGUCGAAAUGGCCUUUUUCGAUAGAUGGUGGAAAGAGCAAAGUGUAGAAACUCAAGCAGAAGUAAGAAAUUUGGUUGAUGCUGGCCGGCUGGAAUUCGUAAAUGGCGGCUGGUGUAUGCAUGAUGAAGCUACUACUCACUAUAUAGACAUGAUUGACCAGACAACUCUUGGCCACCAAUUGAUCAAAAGUCAAUUCAAUAAGACUCCCCGUGCUGGAUGGCAGAUCGAUCCUUUUGGGCAUUCUGCAGUGCAAGCUUAUCUGCUGACAUCUGAGCUAGGAUUUGAUUCAGUUCAUUUUGCACGGAUUGAUUAUCAAGACCGGGCAAAGCGUAAGGAAGAUAAAUCUCUUGAGGUUAUAUGGCAGGGUUCUAGGACAUUUGGUUCCUCUUCUCAAAUAUUUGCUAAUGCAUUUCCAGUUCACUACAGCCCACCGACUGGGUUCCAUUUUGAAGUAAAUGAUGACUUCAGUCCAGUUCAGGAUGAUCCUCAUAUCUUUGAUUUUAACGUUGACGAAAGGGUUAAUGAUUUUAUUGCUGCUGCAAUGACUCAGGCAAAUGUCACAAGAACAAAUCAUAUUAUGUGGACAAUGGGAGAUGACUUCCAGUAUCAAUAUGCCGAGUCAUGGUUCAAGCAGAUGGACAAACUUAUUCAUUAUGUUAACAAGGAUGGUCGUGUAAAUGCAUUGUAUUCUACUCCAACGAUAUAUACGGAUGCCAAACAUGCAGCCAAUGAAUCUUUUCCUCUGAAGCUUGAUGAUUAUUUCCCAUAUGCAGACGAUGAAAAUUCUUACUGGACUGGAUUUUUUACAAGUCGCCCAGCCUUAAAACGAUACGUCCGGGCACUGAGUGGAUACUAUGUGGCAGCUCGCCAACUUGAAUUUAUGGCGGGGAGGAGAUCAACUAGUCCUAAUACUGAUGGAUUAGGCGAUGCUCUAGGAAUCGCUCAGCACCAUGAUGCUGUUACCGGUACUGCUAAACAGCAUACUACGAAUGACUAUGCUAAGCGUUUGGCUAUUGGGGCUACAGAGGCAGAAAUUGUUGUCGACUCAGCUUUGUCUUGUCUUCUCAGUUCAGAGACGAACGGAAAUUGUACUGCAUCUAAAUCAACAUUUAGCCAGUGUCAGUUACUCAAUAUAAGUUUCUGCCCACCAACAGAAGAAGAUAUUCCUCAAGGGAAGAGCUUGGUGGUUGUGGCGUACAACCCACUGAGUUGGAGCAGGACUGAUAUGAUACGGAUUCCUGUCAACAAUGAUAAUCUUGUUGUAAAGGAUUCAACGGGAAACGUUGUAGAAUCUCAAUAUCUAGAAGUCGAUACUGUGACAGCCAAGUUGAGAAAGGUUUAUGUGGAGGCAUAUACUGGAAUUUCAGACAAACAUGCAGCAAAGUAUUGGCUUAUCUUUCCAGCAUCAGUACCACCAUUGGGUUGGAAUACUUAUUUCAUUUCGAAAGAAGCUGAAAAAGCAGGAAAUAUAGACAGUUAUGUGUCUGCUGCGGAUCAGCCUACAGAGGAAACUAUUGAAAUUGGACCAGGAAAUCUUAAGUUAUCAUUUUCCUCCACAUCGGGGCAACUUAAACGCAUGUUCAAUGCCAAAACAGGGGUCGAUAUACCAGUACAACAAAGCUAUCUUUGGUAUUCUUCAAGCACUGGAGAUUCUGAUGGACAGGCUUCUGGUGCAUAUAUUUUCCGACCAACUGGAUCAACGCCUUCUGUAGCCUCUAGAUCGGUUCCUCUAAAGAUAAUCCGAGGGCAUUUAGUUGAUGAAGUCCAUCAACAAUUUAGUCCAUGGAUUUCUCAGAUAAUUAGAGUAUACAAACACCAAGAGCAUGCUGAAUUUGAAUUCACGGUUGGUCCAAUUCCUGUUGACGAUAGCAUCGGAAAAGAGGUCAUUACAAGAUUGACGGCUAACAUGGCUACCGAUAAAGUGUUCUAUACCGAUUCCAAUGCAAGAGACUUUAUAAAACGGAUCAGAGAUUACAGAGCUGAUUGGCCCCUCACAGUUACUCAACCUGUAGCCGGGAAUUACUAUCCGAUUAAUCUUGGAAUUUACAUGGAGGAUAGGAACUCGGAGUUCUCUGUUCUUGUUGACCGGGCCACUGGAGGAUCAAGCAUCAAGGAUGGAGAAAUUGAGCUGAUGCUGCACAGGCGGAUGCUUAAUGAUGAUUCUCGAGGAGUUGGUGAGCCCCUUGAUGAGCUCGUCUGUCUCAAUGUUACAUGCGAAGGACUCACGGUACGAGGAAAUUAUUACGUAAGCAUCAACAAGCGCGGCGCAGGAGCGCAGUGGAGGCGAACUGCAGGCCAAGAAAUAUAUUCCCCCCUCAUUUUAGCCUUUUCGCACGAGGACUCAGAGAAAUGGAAAUCUUCUCAUUCUACGUCGGCCACAUCCAUGGAACCAAACUACAACUUACCUGGUAAUGUCGCAUUGAUCACUCUCCAAGAAAUGGUUGAUGGCAGCGCGCUCCUUCGACUGGCACAUCUAUAUGAGGCAGGCGAAGACUCCGACUACUCCAAACUAGCUAAAGUCGAACUUAAGAAGAUGUUUGCCGGGAAAACAAUCAAGAGUUUGAAGGAGACAAGCCUAUCGGCGAAUCAAGACAAGUCGGGGAUGAAGACGAGUUGGAAAGUCGAAAGGAAGGCUUCUGGUCGGGACCAGGUAUCGAUUCGAGGAGGCCCUGUUGAUAUGUCGACUCUCGUGGUCGAGCUGGGGCCGAUGGAGAUCAGGACAUUCAUCUUAACGUUCUGAAGCAAAUGCAAAUUCAAAUGCAGAUAGAAUGUAAUGUUAUGUUUCAUUUCAUUUAGUUUUGAACUGUGUAAUAAGCUACCAACUGUCUUGUGGUUUGCUAUGAAAUAAUGUAUCAUUGUUGUGAAAUAAAUAGGAAAAAAAAUGUUUGAUUUGAUUA